AAAUGACAGCCGACAACUAAAUAAAAAGAUAUUUAGCUGUGUUGAACUUUGAGGCCGUGAAAUAAAUUAAAAUGACAGUCCAGCAACUUAGCUCGAAUAUUUCUGACGACUCUGAUGAUAUGGUUAGUUUACCAUCAGAAGAAGAAAUUUAUAGGAGAAAAUAUCAGUUGUUAUUAGAGCGAUGUGAAGUGUUGCAGCAGGAUAAUGAAAGAAUUGUAAAUAGAAUACACGAAGUGAAAAAAAUAACGAAGCGGUACAAAAAAGAUAUAAAGCUAUUGAUAGAACGUCUAGAUAAACACGGUGAUCCGUUUAGAACGGCUUCUUUUGAAGUAGAAGUAAAACCCGAGGUUACGGCUCGUGCUCCACGUGCUGGAGCCAAAACACAGACUGCAGCCAAACAAGUAGACAAACAAAAUACUGGAGCUAAGAAACCAGCAACCAAACGCAAAAGUAAAGCAGAUAAACCUGAAAGAGACCCAAACGCUCCAAAGAAACCUUGCAAUGCUUUUUUCCAAUUUUGCCAAGAACAAAGGCCAGUAGUUGUGGCUGAAACUACAACUGAAAUGGGCUCCGAACCAUCAAAACAAGAAGUCACUCGGCAGCUUGCAUCACGGUGGAGAGCUUUGACAAAUGAGGAGAAAAGGGUAUAUGUUGCAAUGUUCGAAAGAUCAAAGGAAAAAUAUGCAGAGGAAAUGUCAGCUUACAUUAAGAAAGAACAAUGACAGUUACAGUCGAUAAACAGUAGCAAUUAAUUCCUUUGUGAUCAUCAGCUUUAAUAUUAAGUUAUAAAUAUAGAUUUUUAUAUAUUAAAA